AUGCUAUUAAAACUAACACUACUGCCAAUUCUAAUCCUAUAAGUAGCUUCAUUUGAAGUGGUCAAAAGUGAGACAGAUAUUGAUGUUACUCUCACCUAUAAUUAUGAAAAUGUUAAUUCCUACAAUCAAAUUGAUUUGAAAAUUGCUUUUCAAGGUGCAUACCUAAAGAAGAUUACAAAGUUGAUAGCAAUAACAUUAAGUGAAUUUGACAUGAGCGAUUCAGGUUUCAGCGUUGACUGUUAAUAUCCACUCCAAAUUUAACCUCCUAAAGUAAUAUAUACUAGUGAAGAUCGAUAAAUUUACUUUUUCAUGGCAUUCUUUAAUAAAAUAAAAAAUCCUCCAACUCCUGGAGAAAAAAUCAUCAAGAUUACAAUUAUAAAUGGAACAAAAACAAUAAAUAUGUUUUUGGUCUUGGAAAUUAAAGAUGAUCAAUUGAAAUGUUAGGCUGACGGAAAUGGGAUUACAUUUGAACGGUCUAAUCUUUAAUUUUCAUUUUAAUACGACUUUUAUUAAAUUGAACAUAAGCCUAUAAUGUUUCAGGAUUUAUAAUUUUAAUUAGAAUUCCCAGUAUUCACUAGUCAUUUUAUAUCUUGCACUAAUUUCACAGGCCUAUCAAAUGGACAGGAUUGCCAAUCAAAAGAAAAUAGUAUUUAUGUAUUCAAUCGAAAUGUGGAGUUCCUUUAUAAUGAAAGUCAGCACUCCUUUAUUAUUAAUAACUUUACAUAUCCUUCUAAUUUAGAGGUAUACACAGCAACUAUUAAGAUUUUUAACAGCGGCAAUAAAUUAUCUGAAGGUUAAUUCAAUUUUGGGGCAUAUGCUCCAUCUGAAAUAGAAAGAAUAGUGAAAGUGAGCUCUAAUAGUUAUGCGACAUAAUAUACAACCUUAUAAAUACUACUGGACUCUUAGAAAUAUAUACUUGCUAAUUCAGAUAUGUAAUUUACAUUAUCAAUAUUAUUGGUGAUUGAUAAAUUAAUCAUAAAUGAUAUUGAAAAAUCAUUUGUUUAGAAUGACAAGGUUAUUUCUAUAAUUGGAUUUAAUGAUUAAUUGUUAGAACAGUUUAGAUUAAAGGUUGAAUUCUAAUUUUAGAAUUUAGAGUAUAAGCAAGACAUAAAAUUCUCAUUUUUAAUUAACAAAAUAAGUGCAAGUUUAUUUGGAGAUCUUAUUUAUUCUAUUGAGCCAAAUAGAUAUAAGAGUUUUAUUGUUAGUAGAGAUACUGAAGUAGUAGAUGAAGAAACAAAUCUGUAUAUAAACAUUGAAUUGUAAAACCCUAUCGUAAAUGGAGUGAUAUAUAUCCAAUUCCCCAAAGAAUUGAAUUUGGUUUAAUGGGAAAGUUAAAUAGUAAGUGGAUCAUCAUUUAGUUUUACCUAUUGGAUUAAAAAUCCAUCAACAAUAUGUUAAACUAGUAGAUUUGAAUCACAGGCUUAUUAAAAUGAUCAAUUUAGAGAGUAACUAUUAUCAGAUGUUGUUCUAAUUCAGAAACCUAAUUAAUUAAUCAAGAAUCUAUAAAUAUCCUUAAGCAGUUUAUUAAGUGUAGAUAAGACUAGCUUAUCUGUGUCUUUAGAGAGUUAAUAUAUAGUUUAACUUCGUUUUGAUGAUACAAUAAACAUAAAUGAAAUUAAAUGCCAAAAUUGCAAAAGGAUAAAUUUUUCAGUGAUAGAAUUAUCAAAAAAUAAGGAUGUUAUUUUUAAUAUAGAAACACCUAGAUUAGCAAAGGAGUCAAAAUUAUUAAUUUCAACAUAUGCAAAGGAAUGUUAACAAAGUUAAAUCGAAUAUUAAUUAGUUUUUAAGCCAAAUCAAUUUCAAAUUGUUCCAUAAAUCACCACAAGAGAAUUAAAUGCAUUAAAUCAAUGGUAAUUUAGCAUCGAAUUACCCUGCGACAUUAAUGAAUAAGAUAAAUUGAAAAUUCAUUAUCCUACUAAUUUGAUCAUAAAGUAAAAGCUUUAAUGUAAAUUCUUGAAUUUUUAACAGAAUAACUUUGAUUGCAAUACUGAAAUAAAUGAUUUGCCUCUAAUGAAAAAACAUUAAGUUUUACGUCUCCUUAUUUCAUAACCAUUAAAUCCAUCUAAACCUUAAUUACUCGAAUGGUAAUUUAUUCUAGUUGAUAAGAAUGGAGAUUAAAUAGCCAUUUUCAAUUCUAAGUUCCAAGAUUGGGAAUAUGAAAAAAUUUAGUUAUCCAAUAUACAACUUAUGGAUAACAAAUUUAUAUAAAUGAAAGAAGCAUUAUUACGAAUUGCCUUGUAGUUUUAGGUGGAUGUAAUAAAAUAUGAGGGAAAUAUUAUAAUAUAUUGUGAUGGCUGUAAACAAGAAUAGAAUUAAAUUGUCUAUAUCAAUAUGGAAGGAAAUGGUUUGUUAGAAAUUCCAUUCAGAUUUUUUACUAUUCCAAAUCAAUAUGUCUAUUUAUUCACAUAUAAACUUACUACGUAUUAUAAAGGAGACAUCCAAUAAUAAGGAUAUUUUAAGUAAUCUAUCUCAUUAUCUUGUUCAAAUGAUUGUGCCGAAUGUGAAAGUUAUGAUAAAUGUUCAAUCUGUUUAGUUGGAUAUCUGUAUAAUUCUACUUGUGUAGAUGAAUGUCCAGUCAAUUAUUAUGCAUUAAAUGGCUAAUGCUAUCCUUGCUCAAUUGGAAAAUGUACAGCUUGUGCAUUUUUAGAGAAAGAAAUUUGUUUAGAAUGCGAGGGAGAUUUAGAUCUUUAUUUAAAUUAAUGCGUUACUCAAGAUUAUUACACAGAUUAUAACAACACUAAUUAAACUAAUAAUAAUCAAAACUAAAAUAACAACUAAAUUAUUGAUGAAUAGAGUUUCUUAGUAAUAUACAAUUUUCCUGGUCUUUUGUUAAUAAUAUUUUUAAUUUGCCUCUACACUAUUAUAAUCAAGAUUCUAAAUUACUCAAGCAUUUCAAAAACCAUUUGUUUUUCAUAUUUCUCCCUCCUAGAAAAUGGAAUCAGUAUUUUUCUUAUCAUAAAAUUUAUAAUAUAAGGACUGUAUGACUUAGCCUUUCUAUCUUUUUCUUUAUUGGCAUUUCAAAUUAUGCUGUAAUUGAAUAGUUUACUAUAGCUUAAGACUUACAUUAUGAUUGAUACGAAAUAUCAGCAAUUUAAAAAGGAGUAUUGGUCUAUUAAAAACGGUUUUUUGGAUAUCAUGUGGAUUCAAUUAUGUCUUCUUCAUUAUCCAGACAUCUAAAUUGAAUAAACAUCCAAAGUGGGAUAGCAGAUGGCAAUAUAAGAAUGA